UAUUAUUGGGUACAUAAGAAAUAGGUACUUGAUACCUUUGGGGGCCUAUCUAGAACGUGGAUUCGCUUGGAGGGGAAGAGAAGACUGGGGAGAUUUUUUACAAAAAAAAAUAUUAUCGUCAUCAGCUCGUCAAGCUCUCUAUCAGUCAUCACUGUCGACCCUGAAGUUCCCCAACUCUAACGAAAUCUCCAACGAACAUUGAAGUCUCCAAAAGUCCAACCUUUACCUUACCUAGUCACCUUAAAAGUCCCUCCAGACCACCAUUGUAGGUCUGUGAACGCCCACUAUAUCUUUUUAUACCAAAGUAUCAUGGGCAUCGAGGCUCAGCAAUGGCUCCGUCCCAGACGCUGCCUGAUCAUUUCCACGAUCCGCUAAAGUUCUCCUCGCGAUCCACUCCGCGACUAAAUACCCCAGACGGCGGCGACGAUGAUGACGAGAAUGGCGUGUGGGAUAAUACACUUAGACCUAUAGCUCACGAUCCCUCCACCUCCCGCGCCAUCGCGCACUCUCGCGAGUCCUCCCUCGAGAAGCUCCAAUCCGGUUCGCUUGCUGGAAUUCCCGAAUCGCCACAGUCAGCCACUUCUCCGAUAACCUCUCCUAGCGUCCGUAGCGGUGCGUCGCGUACGAGCCCUGGCAAUAUAUUCGAACGUCUCGGCGAUCCCAAGGGUAGCAAUACAUACGGACACCACCGCCAAACCUCUAUCGUUCAUGGCAUUCAACAUUCGAGAAAUGGGAGCCUUGCUAGUUCAUCGUCGAGUCCUUUAAGCCCGCAGAUGAUUGCUGCCGCAGGUGCUGGCCUUCUGCCAGACCGGCCAGAUAUGCCUCCCAUCCACCGAUUAGAUUCCGAGUUAUCAUCGACAACUGCUUCUAUGGCCUCCACGAUAUCGACCACGUCCAGGCCUCCGACUUCCUUGUCAGGCACAACGGCCAACUCAUUCGUUUACCAGUUAGAAAAGGCACAUUCUCCCCAAGACAGUAGCGCUGGUAGCACUUCAACUCAGAGGAAGCAUAGCAAGUCCCGGCGUGAUCACACACAUCACCAUUCACAUUCGUCGAGACAUCAUAGGGACGAACAGAAGACGGUGGGCGAAUACGCCAUGCAUGUAUUAUUUACAUCCUUUAUUGCUAUGGCCGAGGACAAGCUUCAGGAGUGUAUUACAGUGCCUUUCGACCCCGAACCUCCCAUCGAACAAAUAUGCGGUCCCGGAGCAGACCCAGCUUUCGACCGCUUUAUUAUAGCUCUUGGGCAUAUUGCCAACCAGAAGCCGAGACCACUCAUCGAUUCUAUCAUGCUUUGGCGAAAGCACAAAAGUGAAGCGGCAAACGAGGCACGCAGUCUGUUACAGCAGAUGAAGUCUAACCUACCUGCAGCCGCUCUCGUGAGACGAAACACAGAGCCAUUGCAGCUUCUCACCGGCAAUUCAACAGAUACAGGAUCUGGCGUGACACAUACCCUUGCGGACAAACAGAACGAAGCAGCGCAUGCCGAACGCCGAUCUAUCGUCUCCAUUUAUAUCCUCUGCCGAGUUCUCUUAGAAGUCAUCACGCAAAGCAGCCUUAGUUCUAUUACCCCUGAGAUGGAGGAUAAGCUCGAGGUUAUUAUAUUUGGUCAACUCAAGAUUGCCGACAUUGAGCAGCUCUAUGUCUCCCCUCUCAAGCUGGCAAACUGGAACCUCUUCGCCCAGCUUCUCGGUGCCAUGAGCGAGAUCAACUUUUCUAGCGUUACCGAUCGAUUCAUUACAGAUCUUGACCGCUCCCUACAGGAACUCACCGUGAGAAGUCCGGCUACUCAAGUUAGGGAUCCCGAAGGUCAGGUAGAGUUAGUGCUAGGAGGCAUGAAACAUCUACAUAUCAAGAUAGACACCGAUGAUAGCUGGGAUCAAGCCUGCGACUUUUUGGUGUCUCUGGGCCGGCUGUUUGCCCGAUCCCACGGCCAAAAGGUCAAGUCCGCGUUUUGCCAGAUAUUAGAUACACUGCUGCUCCCCAUUGCUACCAAGGCUACUAACAAACACUUCUCUUACUUGAAGUGGUCAGAAGUACUCAGUAAUAUUAGCCCUCGCCUAGCAUCGCUCUUUGUAAAGCCUCGGUAUUGGCUGGCUGCGUUCCCUUUGACAGCAACAAUGCUAUGCGUGUCGUCCCCGGAGAAUCUAAGUAACCAAUGGCUCCAGCUAAUCAGAACGGUUCAGCCGAAACUGAAGGAUCGUUCUAUGCGUGCCCUAUGCUUGCAGGUCAUCUCGAGAUUAGUUUGGGCUUAUCUGUAUAGGACAACCGACACCCUAGCAGGAGCUACGCGGAAACUUGACGAGGUGGUGCAACUCAUAUUGCCUACCUCGAAGCGAACAUUUUCAGCCGGCGACACGGCAUUGACUGGCCCCCUGAUACAGGUGAUCAGAAUUAUUGGCUACAAAUACCCCGAGUAUUGCUGCAAGAAUAUCAUAUUUCCUUUAAUUAAUGCCGAGCUUUUCUACUCCAACAAGGAACUGAAAGUCGAGCAACUGGAGCCGGAUAGGAUGGUGAUCGGGAUCAGAGCGUUUCUCACCAUUAUGUCGGAUCUCGAGAAAGGUGAACAAGGCCGACCUCCGUUUCCACAACAAUAUCCUCUUCCAACUACCAUGGACCGAGCACCUCCCCCCUCUCCAGCUUCCACUUCUGGUGCAACGCCCUGUACCCCUAUUAUAUCAGAUCACGACGAAUCUCUGUCGCGGCCUGUACAACUGGCUGCGUUGAGUGAGGGUGCAAGAGAAUACUAUAAAAAGUUCUCAGAAAUACUUGGUAAAAUCACCAUUAUCUGUGAUAAUACAUUUGGAGGCCAGGCCGCACUCGAUGAGAAAUUUAACAGCCCAGGAGGACCGAAAACGCCUAUCACGGAGACCUUCAAUUUCUCAAGGCGCGAUGACCACCCAAGUCCAGCGGACCAGAAACAAGCCUUCUACGAGCUUCUUCACGUUGCCGUACAGGCGCUGCCUCGCUGCCUCUCUGCUGAUAUACCAUUUAAUUCGCUCGUCAACCUCCUUUGUACGGGGACUGCCCACGUUCAGUACAACAUUGCCGAGUCUUCUGCGCAGUCUCUCAAAUCUAUCGCCCGACAGUCUUACGCACAUCAAGUCACGGUGGGAUUUGCCCGGUUCAUAUUCAAUUUUGACGAUCGUUACGAUACUAUGUCUGAUGGGGGUAUGUUAGGCCCCGGCCACAUCGAAAGCACAUUACGACUCUAUGUCGAAUUAUUACAAAUAUGGAGGGAUGAAAUAAGACGAAAGACGAAAGACGCCGCAUCCGAUUCCACUGAGCUUAACGGUAAUGACAAGCGAGGGAUGAAAUUAGAUUUGUCCAGUAUCUGGGCCGAAGUCGAACACGUCGAAGCUCGCGGGUUAUUCUUUUUAUGCUCGCAGUCGCGCAGGGUGCGGCACUUCGCCAUCACGGUUCUUCGGCUGAUCGUUGAAUUUGAUAAUGCGCUAGGUAAAGAUACCACCUUGGAAAAGGAUACGGUUCGGCUCAUCGACAUACUGGAGAAUGACUCGGUACAAGUGAUGAAUUUCAAGGACGAGCAUCUGUCUGUAGCCGAGAGAAGUCGACUGCAGAGGGGUAUGCAGAAUAGCAACAAUAAAGGGGCUCUCAUUGAGCUCUGCACCAGCGACGUUUCUUAUGAUACCACUCUCUGGUUCAAGAUUUUCCCCAACUUUAUAAGGAUUGCUUAUGACCGAUGUCCCUUUACCGUCACGAUCGGCCGGGACCUGGUUUGUAAUCGAAUUUUACAAAUGUAUAAGGGGAUUGUACUGUUGUCGGAACCAUCUCGGGGCCUAUAUUACGGCUCCGAUCCCAAUAACUCUCGGUAUACGGGAAGGACGCCAACAACACAGCCUGAUGUGCUCAUUGAACAGUGGAAGCUCUACUUGGCUUUUGCUUGCACUACAUUGACCGAUUCCGGAACUACCAUUAACGGUGCGCCACAGCCAGGGAAACAACAUGUACGAAAGCUAUCAAGAUCUGCCGACAAAAUUGUAUCGGCUAGAACCCUCUUCAAAUUCCUCAUACCGUUGCUCUUAGCCUCUUCAGCCUCUGUUCGAGAGGCGGUUGUGCUCGCCAUGGGCUCGAUUAACAUUAACAUAUACCGAACCCUACUCGAAGAACUCCAGGGCCAUGUAUCCCAGUGUAAUAAUGAAGCGCGCGCCAGGAUACACCAGCGAACCGGCAGUGGCCCGCGAAGAAACCGGAAAAUGGAUCUCCUGAGGACUGAACUUACUUAUGUGAACAAGUUGACUUGUCAUUUUCUAAAGGAACCGGAGAUCUACCAAGACGACUGGAUUCUCAACAAUCUUUGCACAUAUACCAAGGACCUGAAGCUGUUCUUGAUGGACGGCGAGGUUCAGAUGGACUGGGAAUUCCAGAAGCUGAGGCGACACUACUGCGGCUUGGUGGAGGGACUCUUCGAGGGCGUUAAUCGGACAAAAGAUCCAUCCCGUUGGAUGACGUUCGAAUCCCGCAAGUCUUCCUUCACUUUGAUGGAAGACUGGUGCGGAUUCUCCCCGAAUCAAAUGCAAAUUCGUCAAAGAGAAGACACGAUGCGGCAAUCUUUGAUUGACCAACAAUCUCUAGGCGAGCGAGGUAUCAUUACUGCUGCCAUGGAAAUAGAGAAGAGGAAUCUGAAGACGGCCGCCCUUAGUGCUAUGGCAGCCCUUUGCGCUGGCCCUGUCAGUGUGACGACGGAAAGUGGCGCUACGCUCCAUUUCGACAUGAGGCGAAUGCUGAACUGGGUGGAAUCCAUUUUCAGCUCUGGAAGCGACCGGGUCAACGUCAUUGGUCGAAGAGCCUUGAAGAACCUGGUUGUCUACAAUCAAGACCAUCCAUACCUCCUAGAGCACUGUAUUGCCCGAUGCUACCUCACCGAGGCGCCCAAGGUACUAGAAAGCUAUUUUACAGUGAUAACCGAGGUGCUGCUAGAGCACAUUGACUACCCAACACCAUUCUGGAAAUUAUUAGGACUGUGUCUGUUUACCUUAGGAAGCGAUCAGAGCGACAUUCGAUCCAAGUCCGCUCUUGUUCUGAGGGCGCUACAGGAGAGGCAGCAAGCGGCGCAAAACUCCAAGAUUCGCGACUUUGAGAUCAGCAUUGCAGACAAGACCAAGGCCGUCUAUAAGCUGGCUCAGUUUGAGAUAUCCAAACGACUGGCCAAGCAGCACCCGGAGCUCGCAUUCCACGUCUUCUCCGAAGUGACGUUAUACUUCAAGAACCUGCCUCCGGGCGCGCAACGGAAUGUGGUGGCCGUCAUCCUUCCUUGGAUCCAGACGAUCGAGUUGAAAGUCGAUCCCAAUGGCGGCCCCAUAGCUCAAUCCUACGUGCUCCUUGCCAAUCUACUCGAGGUCACGAUCAAGUCUAGCACUGCGCUGCACAACGAGGUCCAAGCUCUCUGGCAAGCCCUCGCGACUGGCCCUCAUCCUGGAAAUGUCCGGUUGGUGCUGGAUUUCAUCAUUGCACUUUGCUUAGAACGGAGAGAGCAGAACUUUGUCGAGUAUGCCAAACAAAUUGUGGUCUUCUUGGCGAGCUCCCCCAGCACGCCUGGCAUCAAGGUGGUCGAGUUUCUGCUGAUGCAGAUCACCCCGAAAGCCAUGGUCCCCAACGAGAAAAGGGAUGUGGUCCCGUCACCUCCUGAUCUCAGUCAACUGCAAUUGCCAUACUGUGCCGAUUUAUCGGAAGCCUUGCCUAUUGGUACUAAACAGGCUGGCUUUUCCUUAGGACAGCUCUCCCUGAUACUCCUGGUGGACUUGAUGGUGUCACCCGUGCAGCUGAACACAGAGAAUCUCAUAGUCUUGUUGCAAGUCAUCACGGUGCUCUGGGACCACUACACCCCCCUCGUUCAAGAACAGGCUCGCGAAAUGUUGGUACACUUGAUCCAUGAGUUGGUAGUCUCGAAAAUGGAUGAUGCUACGCCCCUGGAGACCAAGAAAUUCGUGGAGGACCUGGUCGACGGGAUCCGACGCCACGAUCGUAAUGUGGUCUGGAGCUACGAGGAAAGCAACGGCAAGGUGGAUGGACGUGACAAUAAGGUGCCCCAAAGCAUGGAAUAUCUGACUGCAGAAGUGGUCAAAACUUUCGAGCUCACAUUCCCAGGGAUCAAGGAACAAUGGAGUCGCCUGUCCCUCACCUGGGCAACUUCGUGUCCGGUCAGGCACUUGGCUUGCCGUUCAUUUCAAAUUUUCCGCUGUAUCCUUACUUCGCUCGACCAGCUCAUGCUUGGUGAUAUGCUGGCUCGAUUAUCCAACACCAUCGCCGACGAAGAUACCGAGAUCCAAACCUUCUCCAUGGAAAUCCUCACCACCCUGAAAACUCUCAUUUCGAAGCUUGAUCCGGAAGAGCUCUUGUCUUUUCCCCAGCUCUUUUGGACCAUGUGCUCUUGUUUAGACUCGAUCAACGAAGUCGAGUUUCUGGAAGCCAUCGAAAUGCUCGAAGAGUUCUUAGCCAAGCUAGAUUUCCACUCUCCCAGCAUCCGAAGGGCGCUUAUGGAUGGCCAACCUCCAAGAUGGGAGGGCGCGUUCGAAGGUGUUCAGCCCCUACUAUACAAGGGGCUGAGAUCAUCAAACUGUCUCCACCCCACGCUGAACAUCCUGGAUAAAGUCAUACAGCUACCUUCUGGUCGCCUCAUUGGUGACGACAACAGGCUCUUCUUUUCCAUCAUCGCUAACCUUCCACGGUUCUUGCAAGCUAUGGAGCAAGCUGCUAUUAGCAGAGAUACUUUGGAAUCCGCAGAAAUACUAUUUGCUGUAGCCGAGGCUCAAGGGAUGUCAUCAAUAUGUGCGGCUCUAGGGGCUUUCAUGCAAUCGCGGUACCGUUCACGCAAGGAGUUCAUUAUCCAGUUGCUUGCCGCACUCCGCGAAUUCUUCCUCCCGCAGCUUGACUUCAAGAUGCUUACCAUGAUAUUGGGAUUCCUCACGAACAGCAUACCCGCUGUGAAAAUCAUGACGAUGCAGCUGCUCUGCGUCAUCAUCCCCGAGAUCGAAAUGCGCAAGCCUGAGAUUGCCGGCCACGGAUCCGACCUAAUAUCUCCGCUCUUCCGACUCUUACAGACCGAGUACUGCAUGGAAGCGCUGGAGGUGCUCGACAACAUCAUGACUAUGUCCGGGACGCCGAUGGACAAGCAAUAUGUGCGAAUGAGUAUGACCAGCGCGGCAUCCAAAGACAGGAAGGAUUACGAGACGACUCAGAGCCUGUUUGGCAUUCCGGAAGAGUCCGGUUGGUCAAUCCCCGUUCCAGCGAAGAAGACGGAGAUUACACGCGCGAACAUUCACGCUGCGUUCUACAUGUGCCAAGCCAACCCGGGAGACGGCAUCUGUGUAGACCCUACACCCACACCUGAGGUCGAAUUCCACGCCGAUGAUUACCGCUAUGGUUAUUUUGAAAUGCCGGAUCGAACCGAGACCAUGAUGUCAGACGAGGGCCAAGGCGAGGGUCAAAUGGCCGAUCUGGUGACGAAGCUGGAUAGUUUGGAUGACUUCUUCGAUGACAUGUCACAAACAUCACCUAGCGAGGGCCGCUCGUCUAGAACAGUGACAGAGUUUGCCCCCGAAAGUUUCGAAUCUGGCGCGCGACUUUACGACGACGUGCUACCUAUUCUACACCAGGCCUCGACCAACACCUCGUUCCAGAACGGCUUCGUAGACCGCGUACCGAUGUCCAAAGAGGGCAAGCCCAAUACCAUGAACCCCGGCGCCUUCAACCCCGUUGCAGUCGGCAGCAGGCCAGGCCUCCAUUCCCGCUCCGUCACCUCUCCCUCAACCCCCUCGUCGUGGACGCAGCCACAGCUCAGCGAGCUGACUUCAGACGACGAGUUCACGGAGAACGUGUUCUCAGACGACGACGACGACGGGCGGCCGCUCAACGGAGGAAGCGGAAGCGGAGGCGUGCCCGAGAGCUCUUUCUUCCUCGAGAACAUGAUCAAGCCGAUCGCGCAGACGACGCGGACGCACAUGCGGCGGCUCACGGGCGGGGGCAGGUCCCGCGACGCGGAGAGGCAGCGCGAGCUCUUCCGCUCACGGCAGCAGCUGCAGGUUUCGCCGCAGGUGCCUAAGGUGCCGAAUUCGUAUCUCCCGCAGAACAAUAACAGCAACAACAACAGGAGUCCGUCGAAUGGGGAUUUUUGAUGAGACGGGAUGCUGGAGAUCUUACGGGGGGGUUCUUUUUUAAUACUCUCGUAGAGGAAGAAGAAUCCUACAUACCAGGAUAAAUAGCCACGCGAUGG